UAAUCUUCAGGAAGAACUUUGUGAAGGCAGUCUGUAUGGUUUGGCCACCAUGUCUGGAAUUGGCAAUAAACGGGCAGCUGGAGAGCCUGGCCCUUCUGCACCCCCAGAGAAGAAGGCAGGGCUUGAAGAUUCAGGGACCACAGUGGAGACCAUUAAGCUUGGUGGCGUUUCCUCAACGGAGGAGAUGGACAUCCGGACCCUACAGACCAAGAACCGGAAACUAGCAGAGAUGCUGGACCAGCGACAAGCCAUUGAAGAUGAGCUGCGUGAGCACAUUGAAAAGCUGGAGCGUCGGCAGGCCACUGAUGAUGCCUCUCUGCUGAUUAUCAACCGAUACUGGAAUCAGUUUGAUGAAAACAUACGUAUCAUCCUUAAACGCUUCGACCUGGACCAAAGUCUUGGAGAUCUUCUGACUGAAAGAAAAGCACUGGUGGUACCAGAACCUGAGCCAGACUCAGACAGUAAUCAGGAGCGCAAAGAUGAGAGGGAACGAGGUGAAGGACUGGAGCCAGCGUUCUCUUUCUUAGCCACUCUAGCCAGCAGCACGAGUGAGGAGAUAGAAUCUCAGCUGCAGGAGCGUGUAGAGUCUUCCCGCCGUGCUGUUGCCCAGAUCGUGACAAUGUACGACAAGCUGCAGGAAAAAGUGGAUGUGCUGUCCCACAAGGUCAACAGUGGAGAUAUUUCAUUGAUGGAAGAAGCAGUCGUGGAGCUUAAUACCUACCUGUCACAUGAGAAUGGACGGCUGCAGGAGUUGGCUGAUGUUCUUCAGGAGAAGCAGCGAAUCAUGUCUCAGGAGUUCUCCAAGCUGCAGGAGAGAGUGGAGACAGCAGAAUCUCGAGUGUCUGUUCUGGAGACUAUGAUUGAUGACCUUCAGUGGGAUAUUGACAAGAUACGUAAGAGGGAGCAGAGGCUCAACCGACACUUAGCAGAUGUUCUCGAACGAGUAAAUUCCAAAGGCUACAAGGUCUAUGGAGCUGGGAGCAGCCUCUAUGGAGGCACAAUCACCAUUAAUGCCCGCAAGUUUGAGGAGAUGAAUGCAGAGCUGGAAGAGAAUAAAGAGCUUGCUGGGAAUCGCCUCAAUGAGCUGGAGGAACUACGCCGGGAUCUUGCAGAAGUAACAGCACAGAAUGAAAAACUGAAGGUUGAGCUGCGACGAGCAGUGGAAGAGGCUGUGAAGGAGACCCCAGAAUAUCGCUGCAUGCAGUCCCAGUUUUCUGUUCUGUAUAAUGAGAGCCUCCAGCUGAAGGCACAUCUUGAUGAGGCCCGUACUCUGCUUCAUGGCACCCGCACCACACACCAGCGCCAAGUGGAACUAAUUGAGAGGGAUGAGGUCAGUCUUCACAAGAAACUGCGCACAGAGGUGAUUCAGCUAGAGGACACCCUUGCACAAGUCCGCAAAGAGUAUGAGAUGCUGAGGAUAGAGUUUGAGCAGACGCUUGCUGCCAAUGAACAAGCAGGCCCAAUUAAUCGGGAGAUGCGUCAUCUCAUCAGCAGCCUCCAAAAUCACAACCACCAGCUGAAGGGAGAGGUGUUACGAUACAAGCGCAAAUUGAGAGAGGCCCAAUCUGAUUUAAGCAAGAUCCGCUCUCGCAGUGGUAGUGCUGUCUUACAAUCUCAGUCCAGCACUGAAGACACAAAGGAGGAACCUCCAGAGAUCAAGCAGGAACCUGAUGAUCCUUCUGUCCAAGUGUCUGUCCCCAAGGCUGCUUCUGAAGAUGUUAAUGAAAUGAAGGCUAGGCGAGAUGAGGAGGAACGGGAGCGAGAGAGACGGGAGAGGGAGAGGGAACGAGAGAAGGAAAAGGAGAAAGAGAGAGAGCGAGAGAAAGAAAAAGAAAAGGAAAAGGAGCGAGAGCGGGAGAAGCAGAAGCAGAAAGAAUCUGAAAAGGAGAGGGAGUCUAAAGAGAAGGAGAAAGGGAAGCAUGAAGAUGGAAGAAAGAAGGAGGCUGAAGUGAUCAAGCAACUGAAGGCUGAGCUCAAGAAGGCCCAGGAGAGCCAGAAAGAGAUGAAGCUGUUGCUAGACAUGUACCGCUCUGCCCCCAAAGAGCAGAGAGACAAAGUACAGCUAAUGGCAGCUGAGAAGAAGGCAAAAGCUGAGCUGGAAGAACUGAGGCAGAGGGUGAAAGAACUGGAAGACAAAGAGAAAAAGGAGAGUAAAAAGAUGGCUGAUGAGGAUGCCCUCCGCAAGAUUCGAGCAGUGGAAGAACAAAUUGAGUAUUUGCAGAAGAAACUAGCCAUGGCUAAGCAGGAGGAGGAGGCCCUGCUGUCAGAAAUGGAUGUCACAGGACAAGCCUUUGAAGACAUGCAGGAACAGAACAUCCGCCUGAUGCAGCAGCUGCGGGAGAAGGAUGAUGCUAAUUUCAAGCUGAUGUCAGAGCGUAUCAAGUCCAACCAGAUCCACAAGCUCCUGAAAGAAGAGAAGGAAGAGUUGGCAGACCAAGUUUUGACACUGAAGACUCAGGUGGAUGCCCAGCUGCAGGUUGUACGUAAGCUGGAAGAGAAGGAACACUUGCUGCAAAGCAGUAUUGGGACAGGUGAGAAAGAACUGGGUCUCCGAACACAGGCCCUGGAAAUGAACAAACGCAAGGCCAUGGAUGCAGCACAGCUUGCAGAUGACCUGAAAGCCCAGCUAGAGGUGGCUCAGAAGAAGUUACACGACUUCCAGGAGGAGAUUGUGGAAAACAGAGUAACUAGAGAGAAAGAGAUGUUCAACUUCAAAAGAGCUGAGGAAGAUAUUUCAAGGUUACGCAGGAAGCUGGAGACCACUAAGAAACCUGACAUGGUUCCCAACUGUGAUGAGAUACUGAUGGAGGAAAUCAAGGAUUAUAAGGCCCGUCUGACCUGCCCAUGCUGUAACAUGCGCAAGAAGGACGCGGUGCUCACCAAGUGCUUCCAUGUCUUCUGCUUCGAGUGCGUGAAAACGCGCUACGACACCCGGCAGCGCAAGUGCCCCAAGUGCAACGCCGCCUUCGGUGCCAACGACUUCCACAGGAUCUACAUCGGUUGAGUCUUUCCACUGGAGCGAUGGAAAGUUGCUGCUUACACUGACCCCCCAACCUCCCUCACUUGUGUGGCUGUCUCUUUAGGGGUUAGUCAGUGCUUCUGUAAGCUGAGCUUCAGUCUCUUCUGGUAGUGUGGUUAGGGUGCAAACGAGUCUGGAUUCUUGGUUCCUUUCUUGUCCUUUUUCUUUUACUGUUUUACUCAGUUUUUGUGGAUUCUUUGUGCCUGAAAGGACAUUUCCCAUCUGUCACUUCAGCACUACCGAGUUGGGAACACCUAACUGAAGUCCUAAUUUGCUGGGAUGGAAGCUGUCUGUGGUGCAGCAGAGGUAAAUGAGUGUGUUAUCUGAGGAGUUUGUUUUGGGUAGUGCUUAUUAAAUCCCAUCAAGGUAGGGUAGUGUU